GUUGCAGUAGACAUUUCUUUCUCCUCACCCUUUGAGCUUCACCCCCGCAGCAAUACACUCUGUCCAGUAUCUCUUAUGUCCAUGAGAGCAACUAAUAAAAUUUUGCUUUGACGGAUUCGAAGCGAAAAUAGUAUUAAAUAGAACGAAUUAAGGAUCUGUUCUUUUCAGCUGCACUGCUACACUAGUGGAAUAAGUUAGAAAGAGACAAACAUACUUUCUUUAACUCUAACUAAUUGCACUAGUACAGUAGUGCAGCUGAAAAGAACAAACUCUAAUUCAACGUUCAUACCAUUUCUAACCUAAAAAUGACAGCCACGAGUGUGGAGUGUGGCGAUUUUUUAGAAUUUCAGGAUACAUUAAAAAAAAUGCGAUUGUUAGAUGACAAAAUAAUUUACACAUUGAACACUGCAAUUCCUACUGAAUCCUUCAAAGGUCAAGUGGAUUCUAUUGAGCAAUGUAAAGAUUUAUUCCAACAAAUAAAAUCCAUACAUUUACAAAGAGAACAAGCAAUUACAAAGUGUUUGAAUGUUACUAAAGGAAGAGUAAUGCAAUUAAAAAAUUUGAGAGACAAUGGUGAUGAAAGACCAACAUUAAUAAAAAAUUUGAGAAAUGAACAAACUACAUUGAGACUAUUACAAGCUGAGCUUAAUAUAGAAGAAGUUCUAAAAAGACGUACAGUACAAGUUUAUUAUGAAAGAUGCCGUGGAUUUUAUAAACCAUCACAUGUCAACACAGAAGUAAUAAAUAAAUAAAAUUGAUAGUAUAUUGAUAUAUGGUUAUGUA